GUAGCAGAAGUAGACAAAAACCUCUCAAAAAAUCCCUUUUUUUCCCUCACUCUGCUUUGCUUAUGCUUACUAGUAGCUAUCUUCAGAUAAAAUUUCCUUUGUAACCCCCACCUCUACUCCUUAUCUUCUCUUAUCUCCCUUUCCUCAACAAUGGCUAACGAUGACUCGCCUUCCGAACUCACCGAUUCAUUAGAAGACCCAAUGCUUGAACCAGAACCAGAACCAGAACCAGAAGAAGAAGACCAAGACCCAGAUGCAGAGAAGCACUCCUCUUCAUCUACAGAUUCCGAUUCUGAUUCAGAUUCGGAUUACGACUAUGACUAUGACUAUGCGCCCGGCCAAGGAGCAACUGUCUCCUACAUUCGUCCUGGCGACGAGCCGCCGCCGUCUGAUAACACACCGGAAAUCAACAUUUCCCGCUUUUCACAGGUGCUUGAUAGCAAGCAAAUGAAGGAGAGUGAAGAGGAGGAGGAACGAAAUUACACUUAUUAUGAGGACUUGUUUAAUUUUCCUGAAGACAAGGAGAAUUGGAGAGAGGAGGAUUUGAAAGAGCUAUGGGCAGAUGCUCCAUUGGAAAUGACGAAACCUGGGUGGGACCCAGUUUGGGCAGAUGAGGAGGAUUGGGAGAUUAUGAGGAAGGAGAAGGAGGCAGGGAGAGACCCGCCUAUUGCUCCCUUUUAUCUGCCGUAUAGACCACCGUACCCGGUUAUUCCUGAUAACCAUUAUGAUAUCUCCAAUCCCAAGGCGGUUAUUGAGGAAUUGGAUAGAAUUGAAGAAUUCCUCACUUGGGUUAGCUACAUUUUCCCUGAUGGAAGCUCCUAUGAAGGCACUGUGUGGGAUGACUUGGCUCAUGGCAAGGGUGUGUACGUUGCUGAGCAGGGUCUAGUCAGGUAUGAAGGUGAAUGGCUUCGGAAUAACAUGGAAGGACAUGGAGUUGUUGAAGUUGAUAUUCCUGAUAUAGAACCUGUGCCAGGUUCCAAGCUUGAAGCAAAGAUGCGUGCUGAAGGGCAUAUAAUAUCAAGAGAUUAUAUGUCACCAGAAGACAAAAAAUGGCUGGAGAUGGAUAUUGAAGAUAGCAUUCGUCUGGCUGGAGGAGAGUAUGAAAUACCUUUUUAUGAAAAUGAUGAAUGGAUCAAACAAUUUGGGGAGAAACCGGAAAAAGGUCGGUACCGUUAUGCGGGCGAGUGGAAGCAUGGAAGGAUGCAUGGAUGUGGUGUCUAUGAAGUGAAUGAGCGUGUACUAUAUGGAAGGUUUUACUUUGGGGAGUUUGUGGAUGAGGCUACCGAUUGUGAUGAGAAUAUUUCAGCGUUGCAUGCAGGAAUAGCAGAAGUUGCUGCUGCCAAGGCUCGGAUGUUUGUUAACAAACCAGAUGGAAUGGUCAGGGAAGAGAGGGGUCCAUAUAGCGACCCCCAGCAUCCUUAUUUCUAUGAGGAAGAAGAUGUGUGGAUGGCACCAGGCUUCAUCAACCAGUUCUAUGAAGUCCCUGAUCUUUGGAAAAGAUAUGUUCAUGAUGUGGAUCAGGAAAGAGAAAUGUGGUUAAACUCCUUCUAUAAAGCUCCACUGAGAUUACCUAUGCCUGCCGAGCUCGAGUACUGGUGGUCUAAAGAUGAGGAUCCUGAAUUUGUCAUCCUUAACAAAGAACCAGAACCUGAUCCUGAAGACCCAUCAAAACUCAUAUAUACUGAAGAUCCCGUUAUCCUACAUACAAGAACAGGACGAAUAAUCAAUUUCAUUGAGGAUGAGGAACAUGGGGUUCGUUUGUUUUGGCAACCUCCUCUAGAAGAUGGAGAAGAUGUGGAUCCAGAGAAGGUUCAGUUCCUACCUCUAGGUUUUGAUGAGUUUUAUGGAAAAGAGACUGUAGUGGAGAAGGAAAAUAUAUGGCAGCGCCUUAUAACGGCAGUGGAAAAUGCAUGCAAACCAGUGUUUGACAAACUAGAGAAAUGGACUGAAGAGAAGAAGAAAGCUGGUGAGAUGAAAAUUAAGCUCCUUGAAGAAGAACUUGCACUUGCAGAGGCUGAAUUGUCUUUGGAAGAGGCCAUUGAGGAUAUGGAUGAGGAAUUGAAGAUGCAAGAGAAAGAAGAAGAGGAAAAGGCAGCAAUGGAUUUGCAGGAGGAAGAGGAUACUUCUGCUUCACCUACCCAGGAUCAGAAGCCUAUGGCUGAAGAGGAAGAAGAGGGUGAGGAAGAGGAGGAUGAGGACGAGGAGGAUUUUACACCAUCAAGUUUUGGAUCUGUAACCCGUGAUGAAGGCCCAACAAAGAAAGAUCAGAAAGGAAAUGGACCUGGGGAAACUCCUUUCUCUUCAUGUACAUUGUCAUUUGCUUCCAGCAGCAUUCUUUCAUCUGUUCCAUGUAGGUUACAACAAUCUUUUCUGGUAUGGAAGAAUAGAUUACAACAAAAGCCAACCCCUCCAUUGCAAGUAGAAAGCACUGAUGUCCUUUCAGGAAGGGUUAGCUCUGUCACUUUUCCCACGAUCAUUGGCCAAAAAGGAAGCUUGAGAGCUAAAAGCUAUGUGAACCAGAGGUUUCGACCAAGAAACUAUUCCAGUGGAAAGACGUCUCAGUUACAUUCCUUGUCCCGAAUUUUGUCAUCUCCUUCAGCUUCAGUAAACCCCAAAAAGAGACUAAAGGUUUCAAGAAAACAAAGCCAUACUUGGCUGCAUGCAGCACCAGAGACAGAUUCAGACAGCAUAUUGUCAUUGCACUCCCAAGUAUUGUUCAGUACCACAUCCUGAAACAGCACCGUGAGCCUUUUCUUAAUUGGAAAAAAAUCCAAUUUUAUAGACACCACGGCAUCGUCUUUGUGAAUUUUUAGAGUAUACUUAUCCUUGACUAGUUUGAGGUGGUGAAAGAAAUAUGAGCAUACAAAGAUGCUGUAACUCUAAAUUGGGAGAAGUAACUUUUGAAGCUAUUGAUUCCUGGCCUAGGUUCUCAAUUUCAUACAUAAAGUAACCUGGAUUUUUUCUUCAUAACAGAAGAAUGAUACGUCUCUUAUGGGA